AUAUUCCAGUCUGUCAUGAAACGGUUUGGUCUAUUUAUUCAGGUGGAGAUAGACACGGGUUUGAGCUAUAUAACAAUGAGUAACCCAUUGGAGAGACAGACAGAAGUCCAGCAGGGAUAUCUGAACCCUCUCACUCCAGACAUUCACAACUCUAGCGCAAUGGUGGAAAGAAGCAUCUUGGUUUGUGGUUUAGUUUGGCUUUGCUGCUCUGGCGGACAUGGACAGUCGGACACUACCAUUCCUUGUGAUGAUAAACGUGUAGAGAAUGUUGUAAAUUUAGCUCUUUCCAAGUACAAUGAGUUAUUAACCGAAGGCAGUCAACUGGCUCUUUAUGAUAUCAAGGAGGCUAUAAAGGCUCAGAAUGAAUCGGGGGAGUUUUUUUCUGUGAUGUUUACAAGCAGAGAGACAGAUUGUCCUGUAGGGGGAGACAAAGUCUGGCAACAAUGUAAUUACCUGCAGCAAGUGGAUAAGGUACUCAGAACCUGUCAGGCAAAAGUACUUUUCAAAGAAGCAGGUCAACAAUUACUCGUACAUGACUGUUCAGUUGGUAUUGUUGCUGAGGUUGCACCCUGUCUAGGCUGCCCUGAAAAUAUUCAAAAAAAUCAAGAGGACUUGCAAGAGCCACUCAUGCAUUCUUUGACCAAAGCAAACAGCAUUUUAGAUCACACACAUUUCUUCAUUUUGAUGGAAUUAUCAUCAGCAACAAAACAGGUGGUUGCUGGAUUUAGGUAUAAAUUGCAGUUCUACAUGGAGAAGAGUAACUGUACCAAGUCAGAGUUCGAAGCUGUUACUGACGAGUGCCACUCAGAGGGAUCGGAUCUGGCCAGACCAAAGGUGAGCAUUUGGGGCAUCGUAAAACACCCUGACCUCACAGCAGGAGUCUCACCGGCACCAGCAAGUCUGAUCCAACUGCCCUCUCUUAAGCAUCCUCCAUUUGGUCAGGAUUGAUUCUAACGCCCAACCUUAGACUUCAAAGGAGUCCCUACGACGAGGAUGGAGUGCUCCCCCAUGGAGUACACCAUAUGGCGCCAAAUAGUUUCAUUCCUCUUGAAAUUGUUUGUCUUUUCUCCUUAUCCACAAAAGAAUGUUCUAAAUGGAUAUACCUCUAUAUCUCCAGAUUGUAUGUUUGUUCCCAUGUUAUUCGGACUCACCUAUAACCUCAAAAGCAUGUGUGUUUAGUUGUAUUCUGCUUAUAUUUUCAUUCUUGUACAAACUUCAGGUCAAUGUACUUAUAAUCCUGGCAUGUUUUACAUCUAAAUGUUUCUCUCUUCAUUCCUUGAAAGAUGAUGUAUAUCCUUUUAUGUCAUUCUAAGAGUUUUACAGCGCCAAACUCCUAAGUGAUCCUAAAUGCAAAUGAGCUAAUAAGCGAAACAAAGAAACAUGAUUAAAUCAUCUCAUCGCAUUGGAUCGCCCACCUUGGAGGGGCGUGAACCCCUCAGGCUUAAAACAUCCAUAAACGGAGCAAUCGAGGCUCUUCCGUGUGUUCCCGUUCAAGAACACCUCCUGAGACCUGUCUCUCUCUCUUCGGAGACAGCUUUUCUUCCAGCAGCUACUACGGCUAACUUCGUCCUACCUUCGUCAGCCAAUCCCGGCUCUAAGAAAGAAGCUGACGGACUCACCCGCUUGCUUUGAAACCAUCAGGACUCUGAGAACACUUUUCCACGGGCACAAAACCUUGUCCAAGCACACUCAAAGGAAACCAAUGCAAGUAUAGAAACUAUAUUCUAAACAGCUGCGUUUAAGCCGUAACCCCUUUUUACAAGGAGACUGUCCUCGAUGGUUCAUGCAGAUGUGAAUAGCUGUUUGUAAUACAGCCACUCUUUGCUUUGUCUUUUUCUUCCAUUUCUUUACUGCUUUUACAUUUCAUGUUUGUUUGUUAGCGUUUGUUAUUUCUUAGUGUGUCGGUUUGUUUUCCCUAUAGUGGUGUAUAACGCUCAAAUUGUUGCUGUGUUUCUUUAUCACAUAUUAACGUCACUUAAACUGCUUGAUUUCGUUAUAAUUUCUGGAGCGGUACUGUACUACAAUCAGAGUGUUAUGUUUCCAAGGCCAGGAAAGUAAUAUUUCUUAGAUUUGAUAUACGAUCUGCUGAUCAUUCGCUGGACGAGUGCAUUUAGUUUGUCGCUAUUAUUAGGUCUACUGCAUCAGGUUUAAAGUGUAUUAAAUAGGUGUAGUUAAUCACCCUUAAUUAUACGUAUUUUACUGUGAUCAAAUUAAUAGUUUUCCCCGAAAUACAAUACACCACUAAGUAGUGUUUACUGUAACUUCAGCAGCUCCAGGCAUGUGAACAAAAGCACCAAUCUCGACCAGUUUUUAACAUGACGUGUCAAACAAAAAAACAAGCCAGAGGCUUUUGAAAUCAAAAGAAGCUUUUAUGCCUGCCGUUUAGCACGUCGGUGUGAACACCUACAAGGGCGCCCUUUGUAUAGUCACGAGGCUUUAAACAUCGACGAUAAAUGCGUGUGAUUAUCGUCCCGGUGUGGACAAGUUUACAGUAAAAGACUCGUUCUGUGUGAUCGACCCUUUAAAAGGCCAAAAACCUCAAAAGACCACAUUGCAAUCUUAAAAAAUGUAAAAUAGUUCAAUAUUAUGUUUGGAAUUGCUAAAAGAAACAUUUUCUGUAUUGUACAAGGUAUACGUUUUAAACUAUUACCUUUUCAAUAAUCCAGCCUGGUAAAGUUUAUGGAAAACAUUUAAUGGAUUAUAAAAACUGUUUUAAAAAGUUAUUUCUAUUGACGAAUAAAGGGAAAAUAUACUUGUCA